AAUUCGCGGCAUCGCGGUUUGCAGUUUGGUUAUAAACAGUAUUGGCGUAUGGAAAAUCGCAUAGAACCGUUGUAAAAAGAAGAAUACAGAAGGAAAAGCCUCGUGCCUAAACGUGUUGAAUCAUGGCAAACGUAUCCCUCGACAAAGAUACGUUUUUUCGGCGCAUGAAGCGCCUGUAUGUCGCGUGGAAGGAUGGAGAAGUCGGCACCGAUGAUAGUUUCAGUAAAAUGGAUUGCCUUGUUUCCGCUGUUGGCACCGAUGAGGAUAUCGUUUACAGCAAGUCCACAGCAUUGCAGACAUGGCUGCUCAGUUAUGAACUUACAGACACGAUAAUGAUUUUGGCAGAGGAGUCCAUCAGCUUUCUGGCUAGCAAAAAGAAAAUUGAGUUUUUGAGGAAAGUGGAAAACCAGAAGACCGAAGAGACAGAAGUACCGCCUGUAAAAUUAUUUGUGAGGGACAGAAGCGACGAGGACAAAGCAAAUUUCACAAAACUCAUAGAAAUAAUAAAGGAAAGUAAAAAGGGCAAAACUUUGGGAGUAUUUUCAAAGGAAAAUUAUCCAGGUGCCUUUAUGGAUGCAUGGAGGGCUGCUUUAAAGACAGAGUCUUUUGAUACAGUCGAUGUAAGCGCUGCAGCUGCUUAUGUCAUGUGUCCAAAAGAAGACACUGAAAUACUAACUAUAAAGAAAGCUUGUCUGGUGUCCGUGGAUGUUUUCAAUAAGUAUCUUAAGGAUCAAAUAAUGGAGAUUAUAGAUUCGGAUAAGAAAGUUAAACAUUCAAAGUUAGCGGAAGGCGUUGAUGCGGCCAUUACAAAUAAGAAGUACGUAACUGGAGUGGAUGUGACGCAAGUGGAUAUGUGUUACCCUGCGAUUAUACAAAGCGGUGGCACUUAUUCCCUCAAAUUUAGCGUUGUUAGUGACAAGAACACUCUUCAUUUUGGCGUCAUUGUUUGCUCACUGGGUGCUCGUUACAAAUCCUACUGUUCGAACAUCGUGAGAACUCUAUUGGUUAAUCCCACAAAGACAAUUGAGGAACAUUACAAUUUUUUGUUACAACUCGAAGAGGAGAUCUUAAAGAAACUAAUUGCGGGGACGAAGAUAAGCGAGGUGUACGAGACUGGUAUAAAAUUCGUGAAGGAUGAGAAACCGGAAAUGAUGAAUCACUUGACGAAAAAUUUUGGAUUUGCCAUGGGCAUUGAAUUCAAAGAAAGCUCCUUGCUGCUGGGACCGAAGACUCACGCGGUAGCCAAGAAAGGUAUGGUGUUCAACGUCAACGUCGGUCUCGCAAAUCUCUCGAAUCCGGAUUCCACGGAUAAGGAGGGAAAGACGUACGCCCUUUUCAUAGGCGACACAGUAAUCGUAAAUGAAGGGCAACCGGCCAGCAAUUUGACGCCGUCGAAGAAGAAAGUGAAAAACAUAGGCAUAUACGUGAAGGACGACGAGGAUGAAGAGGAAGAGGGGAGUGGGAAAGAGAACGAGCCGAAGCCUGAGAUCCUGGGCCGUGGCAAGAGAACGGCCGUGAUAGAAUCUAAACUGAGAACGGAGCACAGCUCGGAGGAGAAGAGGAAGCAACAUCAGAAGGAGUUGGCUCAACAGCUGAACGAAGUCGCCAAGGCUCGGUUGGCCCAGCAGUCCGGUGGCAAGGAACAGGAGAAGAUACGGAAGUCCACGGUGUCGUACAAAAGCCUGAGUCACAUGCCGCGCGAGCCGGAAGUGAAGGAGUUGAAGUUGUAUGUGGAUAAGAAGUACGAAACUGUGAUUCUACCUAUUUUUGGCAUACCUGUACCCUUCCACAUAUCAACGAUCAAGAACAUCUCGCAGUCGGUCGAGGGGGAUUACACGUAUCUCAGAAUCAACUUCUUCCAUCCCGGGGCGACGAUGGGUCGAAACGAAGGUGGUUCUUACCCUCAGCCCGAUGCUACUUUCGUUAAAGAAGUAACAUAUCGAAGCACAAAUACCAAAGAGCCCGGUGAAAUAUCCGCGCCGUCCUCGAACCUGAACACAGCCUUCAGACUGAUCAAGGAAGUGCAGAAGAAAUUCAAGAAUCGGGAAGCGGAGGAAAGGGAGAAGGAGGAUCUUGUGAAACAGGAUACUCUGAUAUUGUCGCAGAACAAGGGCAACCCGAAACUGAAGGAUUUGUAUAUUCGGCCGAAUAUCGUUACAAAGAGGAUGACGGGUGGCUUGGAGGCGCACGCCAACGGAUUCCGGUACACUUCAGUCCGUGGAGACAAAGUGGAUAUUCUCUACAAUAACAUUAAGAACGCCUUCUUCCAACCGUGUGACGGUGAAAUGAUCAUACUACUUCAUUUUCAUCUAAAACAUGCUAUUAUGUUUGGGAAAAAGAAACACGUUGACGUGCAAUUUUACACGGAAGUCGGUGAAAUUACCACGGAUUUAGGCAAACAUCAACACAUGCACGAUCGCGAUGAUCUUGCCGCCGAGCAAUCGGAACGAGAACUAAGGCAUAAGUUGAAGACCGCUUUUAAAAGUUUCUGUGAGAAGGUCGAAGGAAUGACGAAGCAAGAUAUCGAAUUUGAUACGCCAUUCCGAGAAUUGGGAUUCCCUGGUGCACCGUACAGAAGCACCGUUCUACUUCAACCGACUAGCGGCUGUUUAGUUAAUCUCACCGAAUGGCCUCCGUUUGUUAUUACGCUGGAAGACGUCGAGUUGGUUCACUUUGAAAGAGUACAAUUCCAUCUGAAGAACUUCGACAUGAUCUUCGUCUUCAAAGAUUACCAUAAAAAGGUAGCGAUGGUGAACGCCAUUCCCAUGAACAUGCUGGAUCAUGUCAAGGAAUGGUUGAACUCGUGCGAUAUUCGAUAUUCGGAAGGUGUUCAAUCUCUGAACUGGACUAAGAUUAUGAAGACCAUAACGGACGAUCCUGAGGGAUUCUUCGAUAGCGGGGGAUGGACAUUUUUAGAUCCAGAAAGUGAUGCCGAAAAUGAGGAAAUUGAGGAUGAAGAAGAGGAAGAAGAUGAUGCUUAUGAGCCAUCUGAUUUUGAUAGUGAGGAAGAAUCGGACGACGACAGCGAAUACUCCGAAGCUUCUGAGGAUUCUGACAGCGAAGAGGAAGAAUUGGGCAGUUCUGAAGAGGAAGGAAAAGACUGGUCGGACUUGGAACGGGAGGCGGCCGAGGAGGACAAAGAAAGAGGCGACGAUCGUUUCCGCGACGAUUAUAAUUCCAGCAAAAAGAAGAAAUCGAAUCGAAGACAAUCGGUAUCGCCCUCGAAAGACAGGCACAAUUCUAAGCACAAAAAUUCGACGAAUUCAAAAAGCAAGAGCUCAUCCAGCAGUAAGGACAAACGGUCGUCGGACAAACACAGAACGGAUCGAUCGCGGAGUGGGGGCUCGCACAAGAAAGCGUCUCCUUCCAAAUCGUCCAAACACAGUCCGAAAAAGAGCGACAAGCACGAGAAGAGCAAGUCGUCGCAUUCUUCGUCCAGCAAGAAGCGUUCUCGUGAGGAGAGCUCGGAAAGGAACGACAGAGGUUCCAAGAGAUCCAGGAAAUGAACAGGAGGGAUCUGCACAUUGGGAAAAGAACACACAGGAACACACACAACCAGAAAUACCAUGCUAAGUGAAGCUUUCUUACUUAAGAUAUAGCUACUAACUAGUUCAUAAGAACAGUACAUUUUCUUGCAUCGCGGGUGAGCAGAGCGAGGAAGGAAUCGAUCGGAGUGGUGUGGUAAUUCAGACGAUUAGUUUACAGUUCUAGUAUUUUACCGACAUGCGCGUUUCAGUUUUCAUUUUGUAGUAAGUUUUACUUAUAAUAACAAUGAUAUUUACAUUUAACAUCCCGUAACCAUUUUGAUGUGAGCUUUCGUGUGUACAUACGAAUAAAAUUUUGUAUGAAGUCGAGUACGUAGGAAUGCGCAAGUAGUGCAUUUGAAUUUUAUUUAGCGUGUCUUGAAGAAAGAAGUUUCUCGGAGAUCUUAUUUUCUUCCCCCUUCUUUUUUUUUUUUUUUUUAAGUUUUGCCGUUUACACGUUAUACUAUAGUUGUCUGUAAGGUUAAGUUACGCGUCUCAUUCCAUUUCAUAUCAGAUAAAUGUAAUCAUAUUAUGAAUCUGUCCUAUGUUAAGUUCUCGAUGACACGUACAGCGUAUAAAGACAAUGAAUUAAGAUAAGCAGUAAUGGAAGUCGACUUUCUCGUCCGGCCGAAUCGUCCUCAGAAACUUAUUAGAUUCGGGUAGCGAGGGGUGACUGUAUCUCUGAUAGUGGUUAGAUAUUACACGAAUGGUAAUAAUAAAGGGGGAAAAAAAAAUAAAGAAAAACAGAAAUGCAAGACAAUGUACUAAAGAAAACAAACAAAUAUGAUUUACUGUACUGUGGGUCCUGAUAGAAAAUUCCCCGGUGCUUACGAUGAAA